CGCGCGGGAUGUGUCCGAGACCGAGAUGUGGCCCGCCGUCAGUGUGCGUCGUGUCUUGGAGUUGUGCAAACCAAACCUAUUCCGACAGUGUUCCCGUUUGCGGGUGUUCCCCGAGCAAAACAUGGGUUUCUACGUGGUCAAGUGCAUCCUGUUGGUGGGCCUGCUGUCAGUGGUCCAGCCGCGCCCCACGUACGAUGGCGCCGUGUACUUCCCGAAGGAUGAUGACGUACCGCACAACUUCCCGAUUCGACCGCCCGGCUUCGAGCAGUCGGCCGCCUCCAACACCGGCUCCCAGACGGUGGUCGGGAAGGAUGGCAGCGUUCAGCAGCAAACAUCCGGCGCCAGCCAAUCGGCUAACCUGGCGCAAGAUGGAAGCAGCGGUCAGCUGAGUGCCACCAACACGCAGCAACAGUCGAUCCGGGUGGGCGACAAGUUCCAGAGCCAAAAUCAGGCCCAAGGCCAGUCGGCGUCCUUCGGCCGGGAUCAUCAGGCCCUCUCGAACACCAACACCAACACGAACACGAUCCGCGAUGGGCAGAGUGUGCGCGAGCAGACGUCCGGCGGAGCGGCCUCGUCACUGCAGGCGAAGGACGCCAAUCUGGCGAGCCAGGCUCAGACCAACAGCGAGUCGUUCAAGGAGCCCGGCAAGGAGGGCAGCCGAACGACCGGGUCGGCUCAGAGCCAGAACCUGGGCAAAGAUGGUACCGGAUCCACGUCCAACGCCAACACCGGCUCGGAGAAGAUUGUUCUGGCGGACGGUACGGUCAUUACCAAGUCGUUCGGUUCCUCGUCGAGUUUCCAGACGAGCGGCAACAAGAAGGCGAGCUCUUCGGCCAACACCUUCUCGAGCUCGUUCGGUGGCUAG